UCCUGUGCAUUCUCAGCAGUUGCAGCAUUAAGUGCAUUCAAGUGUAGAGUGGAGUAGAGUUACAGGCUCUUUACACGUUCUAACAAAAGUAAAAGGAGGGUUUUUUUUGCAAAGUAGUUUGCAGCAUUAACUUUCAAGCUUGACGAUGCUGGAGGAGGUACAUGAAGUGACGUCUGCUCUGAGUAUCUACGCUCAGAGCAUUAAGGUCACAGAGGUCCUGAAGGAUGGGGACGCUCUCACCUUUCUCAUUGUUUCUCAGAAGCUGUCUGGGACUGGAGAGUACCAUGUGGACCGCACCUACGAUGACCUGGAGUGGCUGCAGCAGCAUCUGUUCUCUCAGGAGAACGUGCCUGGGAUACAGGGAGUUAUAUUUCCUCCAAUUCCUGCGAAGCCCCAAGUUAAUCCAACUGCCAAGGUGAUAAAACAGCUUGGUUUCCUAGCUCUGGGAGAGUGGCAGCCGUACUGUAAAGCACUGGAAACUUUCCUCCGACAGGUUGCGUCACAUGAUCUGCUGAAAAAUAAUAAAGCUGUUGAGAUCUUCCUGACCAGCUCGGAUCCUCCAGGAAGACAAAGAGUAAAGAAAAACAUUUUCGACCGCCUCAGUCAGGCUAUGGAAGAAAUGAGGAAAGAAGGCCACAAGGACGUGGACGAGUUCUUCCAAGCAAAGCGUGACCAGAACCUCAGCCUGACCAGCUGUAGCAGGAACGCCACUGAGCGUUUUCUCGAUGUGGUGCUGACUGAGCAGAAAAUCGCAGUGGCUUGUGGGCACUUCUCAGCUGCUCUGCACCUCUGUGUGGAGGCUGGUGAUGAUCCAGACAAAAAGGCUUUUACCAGGCUCUGUGUGAAACUGUCUGAUUUUUUUGAAUCCAGUAAGAAAAACAUGAUGAGUGUUGCUGAUAACAAUGUAAGCACCCUAGGGUUGGGCCUGGACCUGGAGUCACGGUACCAGGAGGCAGAAAAGGAAAUGCUGUUCAGGAGAACCUGUAAACUGGUGGAGCUGGAGACUGCGCUGAGAAACACAGAGAAAGCCAAACCCGUGAAGAAGGCUGCUAUGGAGGAGGUGAGGAAAGCGGCACAGACGGAGUUUGAUGACAUAUGUGAGGUUGCUAAACAGGAGAUUGCACAUUUUGAGAGGGAGCGUGUGAAGAUGCUGCAGCAAGCUUUGGUUCAGUGGUGUGAGAAGCAGCUGUGUACAGCUAAGGAAAGUGCUGACCAGUUCAACCAGUAUCUUCAGGCCUUCAGGGGAAUGGCCUAGUGACCUGCCUCACGCUGUCCUCAUCAAGCCUCCUCAGUAUAUCUAAACAUAGAACUGCAGAGGGUCGCAUAACUUGUCCUUCGUCCGGUCGUAGGACACAGUGCUGUGUUUGAUCCAGUGACUCCAGUGUAAAUAAAGGAAAGAAAUGACAAAAAAAGGAACCAGUCUCAAACAUGAACCCCCCCCCGUCUGUCUCUCUAUCUCCCUCUCUGUUUCUCUCCCUCUGUCCGUCUCCCUGCUCCUCUGGCCUGAUUCAAUAAAACUCUGACAGAAAUGAUUGAUUUGAGAUCUUGGCAAAGGACUUGUCACCUGCAUGGGGUGUAGGUGUGUGUGUGUGUGUGUGGGUCCAAACUACAUUCCCACAUUUUGAGUGUACCGCGCUGCUCUCCAGACGCGACAUCAGCUGGGGGUCGCACAAAAUAAAGUGUGAUGAAUUGAUUCCCAAAGUAUUUCGUUUGUUUUUG